UCAUCCUUUUUGAGUGAGUAAUUUGUUUUGGUAUGGCACGAUCGGAGGGUUUGUCAGAAGAAAUUGUAUUAGAAUGUACUCAACCUGAACAUUUUUCCAACCCGCCUGCUUCACAACACUUAGACUUCAGUGAGAUAAUUGAACAAACUUACCCCUCAAGCACACAGAGACAAAGAGUUUCUUUCCAAUUUGAAGACAUAUGCGUGAGUGUAACUCAGAAGAGUCUUCUCCGAAAGAGACGAGAAGAAAAAGUCAUCUUGCAAAAUGUUUCGGGAGCAGUUCACUCUGGUCAACUUCUCGCUAUUAUGGGUCCUUCGGGUUCCGGAAAAACAACUUUGUUGAACGCUCUUGCUGGAAGACUCUCAGCAUCCGGUAACUUUGGCGCCUCUGGAAGAAUAUCAGUCAAUGGGAAAAGAAGGGAUCCCGUUGUAUUCAAGAAAGUGUUGAGCGCCUAUGUGAUGCAGGACGAAAACUUGUUCGCAGAGUUGACCGUCGAGGAACAAAUUAAUAUUGCCGCUAGUUUACGUCUCCCUAGGGACCUUUCGAAGGAAAGCAGGGAAAGUCGUGUUGAGGCAAUAAUUUCAGAAUUGGGAUUGGUUGAAGCAAAGAAGACACUAGUUGGUUCUGAAACGAAGAAAGGCAUUAGUGGAGGAGAAAGGAAACGAGUGAGCAUCGGUAUAGAAUUGGUAAGGGACCCUUCCCUAAUUUUUCUGGAUGAGCCUACUUCUGGAUUGGAUGCUUUCAAUGCACAAAGUGUUGUAAACUCGUUGGUUUGCCUAGCUAGGAAAAACCGUGCCGUGUUGAUGACUAUUCAUCAACCAAGAAGUGAUAUAUUUAGUCUCAUCGAUUCGCUAUUGUUACUUUCUGAAGGUAAAGUCCUCUAUUUUGGACCAGCGAAGGAAGCAGUCGCAUAUUUCUCUCAGUUGGGAUAUGAAUGUCCGUUGCACUUCAAUCCUGCAGACUAUAUCUUAGAUCUUAUUGCUGUGGAUACUCGUUCAUCUAAAGCCGAACAAACUUCACACGCUCGUUUGAAGUUUCUUCAUGAAGCGUACAAAGAAAAUUCAUGUCUGCAAGAAUACUUUAAGGAGGAAGAGGCAGUUUGGAAAAGUUAUGAAACUAUGAAUGCAUUUGGCAAAAGCGUUGAAGAUUUGGAAAAGCAUCCUUGUCCGUAUUGGAAGGAAUUUUCAGUUUUAUUGAAUCGAGCAGCGAAACUUCUUAUUCGCGAGAGAAAUAUUACUCGCAUUCGCGUCUUCCAAACUUUGUUUUUAUCGAUAUUAAUCGGUCUUAUUUGGUUGAAUAAGGGACGCAAUAUCUCGUCGAACAACUAUGAAGACAUAGAGGGAGUGCUGUACUACAUUCUUAUUAGCACAACUUUUACAACUAUGUUUGGAAUUCUAUUUUUCUUUCCAUCGGAACGAUUGAUCAUUUUAAGAGAAAGAUCUAGUGGCAUGUAUCGAGUAUCUGCUUAUUACUUGUCGAAAACACUUGUGGAGAUUCCUCGAACCGUUAUGUUUUGCUUACUGUUUUGUGUCACUUCAUACUGGAUGGUCGGUCUUCGAGAUUCGGCAAAGAAUUUCUUUUUAUUCUUCAUUGUUGUGCUUUUGACUUCUUUGACGGUUGAAGGAAUUGUAUUAAGCAUAACCGCUGGAGUGGCAAAAUUUGAAGUAGCUUCAGCACUUACUCCGCUUGCCAUGAAUAUAGCUCUUCUUUUCGGAGGUUUCUUUUUGUCCAAUGCGAAUAUACCUAAUUACUUUGUUUGGCUAAAAUUUUCUUCUUUUGUCAAGUAUUCUUUCGGAGCAUUGAUGCAUAAUCAAUUUGUCAACUUCAAAUUUCAGAUACUGAGCAACACUUGUGUCGUCUGUGACGGGAAUGAAGUUCUCAAAGAUUCUGGUAUAAGUGAUUUCUCGUUCUGGGGAAAUGUUGGAAUACUGUUUAUGUUAUUCGUAGUCUUUCGAAUAGCAACAUAUGUGACUCUGCGAAUCAGUGGUCCAAAGCAUGACAACACUUUGUGAGGCGUGAAGUGUGUACGUGAAUAAGCUGAAUAUGAAUGUUUUGUUAGCUGUUGCCUGUAGCUCGCCUUUUGUUCGUGUCUUUUUUGUCUGAUAAAGUUUUUGCGUACUUUUCAUGUCAAAAAUUUUC